AUGCUUUCGCCCGGACAAACUAAGAGUAGACUUAUAAGGUCAAUCUUUCUUGUGGCUGUCCUUAUACUUAUUAUUUAUCAUGCUCUACCCUCAUCCACAUCGAAGUUAGAUUCACAAAAGAGGUUGGAAAGUGCAGACACAAAUGAAAUAUUGAUGAAAAAGCCUACUGGAAAGGUCAAGGCAACGUUUGUUACCUUGGCUAGAAACGAAGAUUUAUGGGAGUUGCUUGGAUCCAUCCAAAGCAUUGAAGAUAGGUUCAACCAUAAGUUCCACUAUGAUUGGGUUUUCCUCAAUGACGUCAAAUUCACAGAUGAGUUCAUAGAGGAAACGACAAAAUCGGUCAGUGGGGAUACCAAGUAUGGUGUCAUACCAUAUGACCACUGGUCGGUUCCAUUGAAUAUAAACAUAGAUAAAGCACAAGCUUCUUGGAAGGAAAUGGAGGAAAAAGGUGUAUUAUACGGUGGUUCCCUAUCAUAUAGACACAUGUGUAGAUAUGAAUCUGGGUUCUUCUUCAGACACCCCCUAAUGGAUGAAUAUGACUACUACUGGAGAGUCGAGCCAAGUGUAAAGUUUUAUUGUGACUUGGAUUAUGAUGUCUUUUCCUUCAUGAAGGAAAAUGAUCUGGAAUAUGGUUUCACCAUUGCAUUGAAUGAGUAUAUUGAAACGAUCCCUACAUUGUGGGAUACGACUAAGGAUUUCAUUAGCAAAAACCCACAGUUUCUAGCAAAGGAUAAUUCAUUGGACUUCAUCUCUAACGAUGAUGGUGAAACUUAUAACACUUGCCAUUUCUGGUCUAAUUUUGAAAUUGGUAAGCUGGAUUUCUUGAGAAGUAAGGCCUACACAAAAUACUUUGAUCAUUUAGACAAGGCAGGUGGGUUCUUUUACGAGAGAUGGGGAGAUGCACCGGUGCAUUCGAUUGCUGCUUCUUUAUUCCUAGAUAAGAGUAAGUUACACUUUUUUGAAGAUGUUGGAUAUUAUCACGGUCCAUUUACUCAAUGCCCCUUGAAACAAUCAGUUAGAAAGAAGGGCCGCUGUUCUUGUAAUCCAAGAGACGACAUUACUUUCCAGCCAUACUCUUGUCUCAACAGAUACUACAAACUAAGAGGAAUGAAGAAACCGGAAGAGUUUCUCAAAUAUUUUGGAGAAGAAUAA